AAUUAAAUUAAUUAUUACGAAGAGAAUUUCAAUAACCAAAAAAGCCCAACAACGGAGGCAUUGGGUAAUCUUCACAUCGGGACAUGGACGGCGAAGGGGAAGGAAGCGGAAUACGGCUGAGCAAGAGAUUCGCCGGCGGGAAGGUCACCGGCGGUAGCUUAGAAGUUGAUUACAAGACCAAAUCCGGUACCGCUUGGAGCCACUCUUUCCUGAACCAGAAGCCAUGGCAUCCGCUUUCUUAUCCCAAUCAGCGCCGCAAAUGGAUCGCCGAGCAGACUCACGCCCAACACGAUCGCAGAGCCGAAGAAGUGGCCCGCGAGUUUGCGCAAGAGCAAGAAUUUUUCAAGCAAGCAGCUCUCAUCUCGAAGAAAGAAAGAGAGAAGAUCGAAACAAUGAAAGCUGUGAGCUUUAUGUAUGUUCGCCCACCUGGCUAUGAUCCUGAAAGUGCCAAAGCAGCAGAAUACGCGGAUGAUAAACACAAGGGUCAGGGUUCUUCAACUCAGGAUCCAAUGGCGGAAGACAAUUUUGGUUCUAGACCAGAAGAAUCACAAGGCGGGGGAGACCGCACAGGUCAGGAAAGGAAGAAACCACGACCCAAAGAUGUGUUUGGGCGUGCUCUUCCUACUGAAGAAGAAUUUGAGGUCCUUAAAAAUGCACCAAGGAUGGAGACUGGUAUUCCUGGGCGAGUAAAGCCAUUUGCAGUUGAAGUGCGUAAUGUGAAAUGUCUGAGAUGUGGAAACUUUGGGCAUCAAAGCGGUGAUCGUGACUGUCCAUUAAAGGAUGCAGUAAUGCCAAAUGAAGAACUUCGAUUGAAAAGAGAUGAUCCGUUGACUGCUAUCAUUGCACAUACAGAUCCCAGUGAGCCUCUGAAGUGGGAGUUGAAACAAAAGCCCGGCUUGAGUCCUCCUCGUGGUGGUUUUGAUCCUGAUGAUCCAAAUCAACAAAUCGUCGCUGAAGAUAUAUUUGAUGAAUAUGGAGGGUUUCUUGAGGGCAGCAUCCCAAUAGAAUUACUGAAGAGUAUGUCGUCGGAUAAGAAAAGAAAAUCCAAAAAGAACAAAAAGCAGAAGAAGCAUUCAUCUCGGACUAUUGAGGAAACUGAUGAAUCUUCAACAGGCUCAGAAGAUAGUAGAGAGAAGAGGGGAUCGAAGAAGCGCAAGAAACUUAAGAAGAAGAGCAAGAAGCAUUAUGAUUCUGACUCACUCUCCUUUGAAGAUUCAGACUCUGACAGUGACCAUCUGAGUAGGAGAAGACACACAAAGCAUGUAGAUCCGUCUGCGACAUUAAAAUCUGAGGUUUACCACCAAGGGAACAUUCACAGAGAAAAGCAUUACGAUGACGAGAAGCACCAGAAACGGAAGGAAAUCGUGGAUAGACCAUCUGCUUCAUCCGAUGAUUCAGAUUAUUAUAGAAGUCACAGUAGUAGAAAGAAAAGAUCAGAAGAUGAUUACAAAAGCCAUCACAGGGAGAGAAAGCAAGUGCAUAGUAACGAUCCUGUUUCAGAGAAAAGUCAGAAACAGUAUUAUUCAGAGUCUGGAAAGCGUCAUAGUAUCAAGAAAGAGCAUAGAUAUGAUGAGAGAAGACACGGAUAUGUCGAUAUGGAGUCUGAAAAUCGUCAUAGAUCCGAGAGGAAACCGAGAUAUGAUGAUCGUGAUUCUGAGAGGCAUAACAGGAGUGUGAAGGGGAAAGAAAAGCAUAUACGAGAAGCGGUUAAUCGAAAUGAUCCGGUGGAAUCACUUCUUCUAUUUCGAGAAAUGAAGCGCGGUGGAUUUGAACCGAACAACUUUACUUUUCCAUUUGUGGCGAAGGCGUGUGCUAGGCUCGCUGAUAUUGGGUGCUGUGAGAUGAUUCAUACCCAUUUGAUAAAGUCUCCGUUUUGGUCUGAUGUGUUCGUUGGGACAGCGACUGUUGAUAUGUUUGUGAAAUGUAAUUCUCUGGAUGAUGCCGCCAAGGUGUUUGAGAGAAUGCCUGAGAGAGAUGCUACCACUUGGAACGCAAUGCUAUCUGGAUUCUAUCAGUCGGGUCACACGGAUAAGGUGUUUUCAUUAUUUCGUGAAAUGAGGCUCGACGAGAUCCCACCUGAUUCUGUGACUGUUAUGACCUUGAUUCAAUCUGCAUCUUUUGAAAAAAAUUUGAAGCUUUUGAAGGUCAUGCAUGCUUUUGGGAUACGUUUAGGUGUAGAUUCACAAGCUACAGUUGCCAAUACUUGGAUUUCUGCUUAUGGGAAAUGUGGUGAUUUGGAUUCAGCAAAGUUAGUUUUCGAAGCUAUUGACAGAGGUGACAGAACUGUUGUGUCUUGGAACUCUGUGUUCAAAGCAUUUGCAGUUUUUGGUGAAGCAUUUGAUGCUUUUGGUAUUUACCGGUUGAUGCUGCUUGAAGAGUUUAAGCCGGAUUUGAGCACCUUUAUUAACCUGGCUGCAUCGUGCCAGAACCCUGAAACACUAACACAUGGAAAAUUGAUUCAUUCUCAUGCAAUCCAUCUCGGUACAGAUGAAGAUAUCGAAGCGAUUAAUACCUUCAUUUCUAUGUAUUCGAAAUCCGGGGAUUCCUGUUCAGCGAGGCUUUUGUUUGACAUAAUGCCUUCCAGAACAUGUGUUUCUUGGACUGUGAUGAUAAGUGGGUAUGCCGAGAAAGGGGAUAUGGAUGAAGCUUUGGCCUUAUUUCAUGCCAUGGCCAAAACAGGAGUGAAUCCAGAUUUAGUUACCUUACUCUCCCUCAUUUCAGGUUGUGGAAAAUUUGGUUCACUGGAGAUUGGAAAAUGGAUUGAUGGUAGAGCAGAUAUGUACUGUUGCAAGAAAGAUAAUGUCAUGGUUUGCAAUGCUCUUAUUGAUAUGUACUCAAAAUGUGGAAGUAUACCCGAAGCUCGAGACAUCUUCGAUAACACGCCUGAGAAAACUGUCGUCACAUGGACUACAAUGAUAGCUGGAUAUGCUUUGAACGGUAUCUUCCUCGAAGCUUUGGAACUUUUCAGCAAGAUGAUAGAUUUGGAUUAUAAACCAAACCACAUAACAUUCCUAGCCGUUCUUCAAGCUUGUGCUCAUUCGGGUUCUCUGGAAAAAGGUUGGGAGUAUUUCCACAUCAUGAAACAAGUAUACAACAUCAGCCCUGGACUAGAACAUUACUCUUGUAUGGUAGAUCUUCUGGGAAGAAAGGGAAAGCUCGAAGAAGCAUUAAAACUCAUCCGUAACAUGUCAGCUAAACCUGAUGCUGGCAUAUGGGGCGCAUUGCUUAGUGCCUGCAAGAUCCAUCGUAAUGUAAAGAUAGCUGAGCAAGCCGCUGACAGUCUUUUUAACUUGGAACCGCAAAUGGCAGCGCCUUAUGUAGAAAUGUCAAACAUAUAUGCAGCUGCUGGUAUGUGGGAUGGUUUUGCGAGGAUCAGAUCAGUGAUGAAACUCAGGAACAUUAAGAAGUAUCCAGGUGAAAGCGUGAUUCAAGUGAACGGCAAAAAUCACACUUUCACUGUAGGAGAACGUGGUCAUGUGGAAAAUGAAGCCAUAUACUUAACGCUGAAUGGUUUGAGUUUGUUUGCGAGAGAUGAAGAACAUUUAUUGCAUAAAGAUGUGUACAAAGAACAAAGUUAUGAACUUUUCAUUUGAUGACAAUGACUUUUUUAGUAGAUUUGUUG